ACGUGAUCCUCGCACUGAAGUCACAUGACAGCGGGGCGCCGAUGUCAGGUAGUUGUUUUGCCCCCACCGUAGUAGUAGCAACACAUGUCCCUGUGCUGUCUGUGACUGCGAGGAGAGAAAACAAAAAGACUGCGAGGAGAAGGCUCUCAAGGGGAAAGAACAUAAGACGACGGUCGCGUUUUAAAGCGGGACCGAAGUCAGGAAUCACGGGGAAAGCAUUAGCUUAGCAUUAGCUUAGUUUAGCCUAGCAUUAGCUUAGCAUUAGCUUAGCUUAGCAACCAGCCGGUGGGAGCCCUGCUGCUGCUGCCAAGCUGAACAUGAGGCAGCAGCCUGUCAGGCUGUGACCACACUGCUGAUUCCUCUGUUAAAGGGACCUUGUCAGCUGCUGGUGGUCGUGUGUUCAGCAGGGAUGAACGGCGAAAACAUCACCCUCAGCGAGAAGAUCGUGUCGCCCUCCUACGUCCGGCAGGGCGCUCAGGCUCGCCGCGGCCACGAGCAGCUCAUCAGACAUCUCCUGGACCAGGGCAAGUGUCCGGAGGAAGGAUGGAGCGAGAGCACCGUGGAGCUCUUCCUGAGCGAGCUGGCCGUGAUGGACAGCAACAACUUCCUGGGCAACUGCGGCGUCGGGGAGAGGGAGGGCCGCGUGGCGUCCGGCCUGGUGGCCAGGAGACAUUACAGGUUGAUCCACGGCAUCGGGCGGUCGGGCGACAUCGCUGCCGUUCAGCCCAAAGCGGCGGGAUCCAGUCUGCUUAACAAGCUCACGAACUCUGUCGUUCUGGACGUCUUGAGGAUUUCAGGUGUUCGCAGUGUGGCUAGCUGCUUCGUCGUUCCCAUGGCAACAGGGAUGAGCUUGACCUUGUGCUUCCUGACGCUCCGUCACCGCAGACCCAAGGCCCGCUACAUCAUCUGGCCUCGCAUCGACCAGAAGUCCUGUUUCAAAUCCAUGAUCACGGCAGGAUUUGAACCUGUGGUUGUGGAGAACGUCCUGGAGGGCGACGAGCUGCGAACGGACCUAGAGGCGGUCCAACGCAAGAUCGAGGAGCUCGGAGCAGAAAACGUCCUGUGUGUCCAUUCGACAACGUCUUGCUUCGCUCCGCGGGUUCCCGACAGGCUCGAAGAACUGGCCGCUAUGUGUGCCAAAUACGACAUCCCUCACAUCGUCAACAACGCGUACGGCGUGCAGUCGUCCAAGUGCAUGCAUCUCAUACAGCAGGGGGCUCGUGUGGGAAGAAUUGACGCCUUUGUUCAGAGCUUGGACAAGAACUUCAUGGUUCCAGUAGGUGGAGCCAUCAUCGCAGGUUUUGAUGAGUCCUUUGUGCAGGAGAUAAGCAAGAUGUACCCAGGCAGAGCAUCGGCUUCACCCUCGCUCGACGUCCUCAUUACCCUUCUCACUCUGGGAGCCAACGGCUACAAGAAGUACCUGUCGGAGAGAAAGGAGAUUUACUCGUUCCUGGCCGAGGAGCUGAAGAGUCUCGCGUCCGCACACGGGGAGAGAUUGCUUCACACCCCGCAUAACCCCAUAUCUCUGGCCAUGUCUCUAGAUGGUCUGCAGGCCUCCAGCAACCAGGCGGUGACUCAGCUCGGCUCCAUGCUGUUCACCCGGCAGGUGUCGGGAGCAAGGGUGAUACCGCUGGGCAAGGAGCAGAUCAUAAGCGGACACACCUUCCGUGGAUUCAUGUCGCACUCCGAGUCGUACCCCUGCCCCUACCUCAACGCCGCCUCGGCCGUGGGCAUCACCCGAGGGGACGUGACGCUGUGCAUGAAGAGGCUCGACAAAUGUCUGAAAGCUCUGAAGAAAGAUGGGAAAGCAGCGGGAAGUAGCCCCACAGCAGCUCUGGCCAAUCAGGAGGCGCCGCUAACCAACGACUGAGGCCUCUGCUCCCUGCUACUUGUCCAGCUUUAUGCUUCAAUGUUUCCUGAAUGUUUGCUAACUAUCAGAUUUGUAAUUUAUAAAGGUUUUAUUUAUAACUGAAGCCCAUUUCACUGUGGAGUCUGGCUGCAGUGUUGUAAAACUGCAGUCGGUCCUUCUCUGGGAUUAAAAAGAAAAAAAAGGAUAAA